AUGGCCGUAGCCGCAGCAAUUCAUGCACUGUGUGACAUCUCGGUGCACAGUAAGCGGGCCUUUACUAUAAAAGAAAAGAGAGAAAUACAAACAACUCAUUCCCUAUUCGGACGCGGCGACGAACAGAAGAUAGAGAAAGGCGAGCAGGCUUAUUGGUAUUCGGACGCGAAGAAGAGCAGAGCAGCAGCCACCCCGGCUGAUUCCCACCCUUCGGCGCGAGCAAGCGUGAAGCAACACAGGGACGAUCGGCUAUAUAUUAGCUGGUCGGUAGCCAGUCCGGCUUAUUCCCUAUUCGGACGCGGCGACGAACAGAAGAUAGAGAAAGGCGAGCAGGCUUAUUGGUAUUCGGACGCGAAGAAGAGCAGAGCAGCAGCCACCCCGGCUGAUUCCCACCCUUCGGCGCGAGCAAGCGUGAAGCAACACAGGGACGAUCGGCUAUAUAUUAGCUGGUCGGUAGCCAGUCCGGCUUAUUCCCUAUUCGGACGCGGCGACGAACAGAAGAUAGAGAAAGGCGAGCAGGCUUAUUGGUAUUCGGACGCGAAGAAGAGCAGAGCAGCAGCCACCCCGGCUGAUUCCCACCCUUCGGCGCGAGCAAGCGUGAAGCGACAAAGGGACGAUCGGCUAUAUAUUAGCUGGUCGGUAGCCAGUGCGGCUCAUUCCCUAUUCGGACGCGGUGACGAACAGAAGAUAGAGAAAGACGAGCAGGCUUAUUGGUAUUCUGACGCGAAGAAGAGCAGAGCAGCAGCCAUCCCGGGUGGUUCCCACCCUUCGGCGCGAGUAAGUGUGAAGCAACAAAGGGUCGAUCGGCUAUAUAUUAGCUGGUCGGUAGCCAGUCCGGCUCAUUCCCUAUUUGGACGCGGCGACGAACACAUCGAGCAGAGCAGCAGUCACCCUGAGGAACAAUGAACACAGAUAAAGUUAUGGCCACCAGUCACGACAAUGGCGCAGUCGGUGGCGAUAAGCUUCUCGAGAAAAGGAAUGCGAAAGACAAGACAACUAAGAAAUCAAAGUCUGAGCUGUCAAAAUCGAAAAUGGAAUCAGAAAGA